AGUUGUUGGAUUCUGAAUUAAGGAACUAGAAAAAGCUUUCAUAAUCAUUACCCCAUUUGCUCUUCUUUCUCAAUUCUCAUCACAUGAACUUGUUGUCUCAAAAUAGCUAAAAGAGCAAAGGACUUUCUCUGAAAAAUGGUGCUGAGAAGACCUGCCAUGAACAGAAGAUUGAACAGAGAGAAUCCAGAUAUUUUGAUUGUGAUAAUUGCAGUGAGGCAGAAAAUGAAAGGCGGUAAGGACGACAAAGAAAGAGUAGGAAGGAUGGGCCCUCAAAAGCCUGCAACAGAAAUGAGUGAUACUGCCCAAAGAGUUUGGUUUUUCUCUUGGUGGGUGAUAGCUCUUCAGCAAAUGAAUGGAAGGUGGAUGUUACUUGACGUAUAGAUUAUCAAAUACUUGGAAGAUUUCACACCAGGACAACUUUGCAUAACCCAGCAAGCAAAUUAUUGUAUUUCCUAAAGAAGAGUUUCUAUAGGAGUAAAGAAUGAAGUUCUGUAGAUGAAAAAUGGUCUAAAAUACAAAUUAAGCAUGGGAAGGUUCGAUGAUUUUGAAGCUUACGCGUUUGUUUGUCUUGAUUUGUGAUUUUAUUGGUUGCUCCGGUGCUAUGGAGAAUCGUUUGUUUAGUGUUCCUGUAGAUGUAGUUGGCAGGAAUUCUAUUGCAAUGGAAGGAAUUGGGUCACAGAUAACCCCAAACUCACUUGUCCAGUUUGAUUCAUUUGACCUCAACAACCAAAACCAGACAUUGGACGGAUACACAUUGCCAGGAGCACCUAUCAAUGAUCUCCAUACAGAUAAUCGAGCUGCGAUUGUUGAUUCGGAGGUAUUCGUUACAUCCCUUGAAAAGAAUGUCGCAAGAGGUGAGGAGUUUCAAGAACAAUUUCUGGGUGGAAUUCCCAUUUCUGGUCCUGCACUUGCUACUCUUGCAGCCUCAAGAAGUGGACAUCAAGAAAAUCUGACCAACUUAGCAAUUUCAGAACCUUUAAUGUAUCCCUUGGAAGCUUUAAAAACCUAUGCUUCUAAUGGCUUCUUUAAUGGAUUAAACUCUUCAUUUGCGUCCUCUGUGAAUAACGGGUUCUGUGAAGUAUUUGGUAAUACGAAUGCUAAGGAGGACAUCAACCGAUUUCCUGCAUCUGUAGAGCAUUCUGGAAAAACCCCUACAAGGACAGGGUUUCAAUCCUAUUCAUCCAUAGGAAAUCUGGAACCAAAUAGCUGGAUAUCUGCAAACAGCGUGAUUGUGAGCAGCGAUAAUCCUUACGGUUCCUGUCAUUUUAGUAAUGAGCUAUCUUUAAGCCUGGCUACAUCUCAGCCUUCUGCCAUAAAUGGGUCUCGUGUCACGGAUCAAUGCUCAGAGAUAAGUUGUUCUGAUGUAACACGCCAUUGCUUGGAAGAAACAAGGUUAUGCUUAGAGCAAACUUCUUCAAGCAGUAAGGAGCUAUGUCUGAGUUGUGGUUCUUAUGAGAAUGGUCAAUUCUCACAAGUAAUAGCAGGAUCCAUAUAUGUUCAAGUGAUACAGGAAAUACUUGCUCAAAUUGCAAGUUAUUCACUUGAGAAUCUAGGUCAGAUCUCAACAAGCGGGAUCAUGAUUGGGCCAAAUAUACCAUCCUUUUCGAGUUACCCUAUUGAGGGAAGGAUGCGUUUGAUGGGUUCUGAUGAAUCGCCUAAUGUGGAUAAUAUAUUUGGAGUUCAAGUGGAUCCAGCACUCCAGAAAAGGGCGCUGGACUCAAAGAAGAUACAAUUGUUGACUCUGCUUCAAGUGGUUGACGAUAGAUAUAACCAAUGCUUGGAUGAGAUACACACAGUAGUAUCUGCCUUCCACGCCGCAACUGAAUUGGAUCCUCAAAUACACACUCGAUUUGCUCUCCACACGAUCUCUUUCUUGUAUAAAAGCCUUAGGUGGAGGAUCAGCAACCAGAUACUUGCUAUGGGAGCAUAUUUUGAUGGUGGAGGUGCAAAAGAGGCCGAAGGAUCUCUUGAAACCUCCUGUUUCCAAAAGCAAUGGACUCUCCAGCAACUGAAGAAAAAAGAUCAUCAGCUAUGGAGGCCCCAGAGAGGCUUGCCAGAACGAUCUGUCUCAGUGCUACGUGCAUGGAUGUUUCAGAACUUCCUUCACCCGUAUCCUAAAGAUGCAGAGAAGCAUUUGCUGGCAGUUAGAAGUGGACUCACAAAAAGCCAGGUUUCCAACUGGUUUAUUAAUGCUCGAGUUCGACUGUGGAAACCGAUGAUCGAGGAAAUGUAUGCUGAGAUGAACAGGAGGAAAGUUAGCCAAAAGGAAGAAGGAGCAAAUCGCAAUCACAGAAACCAUAUCAGCAAUCUAAGAUUUUGAUGGGGAUUAAAGUUGAAGAUAGAUGCAUGGCAAUGAACCAAAGCAUUACUUAUAAAUUGGAUAACAACUGUAAAUAAUGCUCCAUAAAGUGGGUGAGUAGAGCAAGGACGAUCAGUCAAUGUUUUAGAUGUCUCAUCAAACAAAUCAGAAUCGAAGUUAAAUGCAAUUGAAUCAUUUUGUAUGCUCAUGGACUUUUUUUUUUAAUAAGAAAAAAGAUGGGUGAGGAUUUGAACU